AUGCUUUCAGAACAGGGGCUCCUGAGUGACUGCGAGAACAAUUACUUCCAAAUGAACUCGUGCAUCUUAGCAGGGAGCGUUCAGACCCUACCCCAGGUCUCUUCUGGUGACUGUGAAGCCAGACCUUUGACCUUCACAUUUGUCCCCACUGUCAGAAGACUACCAACCCACAUUCAGUUGACCGACACCUCUAAAUUCCUUGUUAAAAUUCCAGAAGAACCAAGUGCUAAGAAUCCAGAAACUAUAAAUAAGUCUAAUUCCAAUGACUACUUGACCUUGAAUGCUGGGAGCCAACAAGAGAGAGACCAAGGGACAUUGACUUACCCUUCAGAGGUCAGAGGAACAAUUCCACAAGAAAGGGAAUUGAAAGCAAACGAACUUCAAGGAAUGCAGCAGGGUGGCAUCUUCAAAGCUGAGUACGUCCUUAUUGUGGACUCAGAAGGGGAAGAUGAAACUACAAGCAGAAAAGGUGAACAGGGCCCUACCGUGGGGACGGGCACCAUGGCUGCCCGGCCCAAGUCUCUAGCAAUCUCUUCCAGUCUGGUCUCUGAUGUGGUACGUCCCAAAACAUGGGGGACUGAUCUUAAGCCCUCGUCACAUCCAGAGCUGCCUCAUGGGAUGGCCCCGUCACAAAAGCAUGGGCAGUCAACCUCUUCUCCCACUACCUCUGAGCAGCUUGCCUGUAAACCACCUGCUUUCUCCUUUGUCUCUCCAACUAAUCAGAACACAUUACCUGACCCAGCUGACCUCCGCGGAGCCUCUGUCCUCGAGGAGUUCCACACUAGGAGGCUGGAUGCCAGUGGGGCGGUGGUGGAAGAAUCGGCUACGUAUUUUCAAACUUCUGCCCACUCUUCGCCCUUUUCUGCAUUGAAGGGCGCCUCCUCGACGUUCCCGGCUCCCCAUUCUGCUCAGCUGCCAGGUUCUAACUUGUCCAGUCCCAGCGCAGCGGCUCAGAAAGCCGGCCCGGCCGCCGAAGCUCCGAAGAAGACCACGGCCACUGCGCGCGUCCCUGGUGGCGGCGAAGGCCCGCGAGCGUCGUCGUCCCCUCGCGCGGGCGCGCCUCCCGGGUCGGAUUCAGCCUCAGCCUCCUACAUCCCGGUCCGCAUCGUCAUGCACUCCCUGUCGCCGAGUCCGCAACCCUUCGCCUCCUCUUUCCACGGCUCUUCUUCCACCAUCUGUAGCCAAAUGUCAUCAAGCGGGAAUCUUUCCAAGUCAGGGCUGAAGUCCCCGGUGCCCUCCCGGCUCUCCCUUCUCACUGCCAUUCUCAAGUCAAAGCCUUCUCACCAAAGACCUUUCUCCCCCGCAUCCUGCCCCACCUUCUCUCUCAACUCCCUGGCCUCGUCCACUCUCACACUUGAUCAAAAACCAAAGCCAACCCCACCCACGCCUAAAAAGUCUCUCUCCAGUUGCUCCCUGACAGCCAGGUCUCCGGACCAGGACUCGGAGCUGACGCAGCGGUCCCCUCACCUGCCUUUCCCCACCCAGGCCACCGCUCCCCUUUUUCAGGCGUCCUCCCACUCUCCCACGAAACACGUUAGUAGCAGCCUCGUUUCUCUGGAAGUGGAGAAAACACCAUCGUCCACUUUGAAGGGCAGUACCACGCUCCCCCUGCUACAGACCAACACCCCGAGUUCUGCAGGCCUCCCUCCUGUCCCACCAAGCUCUUCCCCUCUUUCUUCUUGGAAGGGCCAACAGGAAGGUGACCUCAGAAGUCCAGAAAAGCAGAGAAGUACUCACACACACGCUUCUACCUUAGCCUCUCCUGAAUUAUCUGCAUCUCCUCCGGUUAAUCAAAGAGCCAUGCUCUCCACUCCAGAGAAGUGUUUCCGUCCUUCCCCAGCUCUUUCAAACCUGAUAAACAGAUCCCAGAGAGCGUCCCCUCAACUGUCUGGCCAGCAGCCGAGUCACUCAGCUCUUCCUUCACUUCCUAUCCCCAGUCCUAGCUCGCUCUCUCUUCCCAACUUGGGGACCUCCUCCCUGCCUCGUGCUGACCUGCCCAGCAGGGCGCUGCAGCUCAGUCCCCCAGCACUGUACGCAAAUUGUGGCAGUCGUAGUACCCUGCCUUCAAGACUCGGGAAAACUGAAAGCAUCAUAUCCAACCACGGGUCACCUGACUCAACCCCGUCACUUCCCAUUUCUCUAGCACGAACUGAGGAGCUGGUUUCACCUUGUAUAUUGCCCAUGUCAACAGGCCCUGAAAACAAGAAACCGAAGCAAUACAAGACCAAGUCAAGCUACAAGGCUUUUGCAGCAAUCCCUACAAACACAUUGCUUUUGGAACAGAAGGCACUAGAUGAACCAGCCAAGACUGAAAGUGUCUCCAAGGACAACCUGUUAGAAUUCCCUAUGGAGUUGUGUUUCCCUGCACAGCUCAGGAAGCAAACUGAAGAGGUCUGUGCUACCAUUGAUAAGGUCUUACAGGAUUCCUUGUCUAUGCAUUCUUCUGAUUCUCCUUCAAGGUCCCCACAGACAUUGUUGGGUUCUGACACAAUCAAAACUCCUACGACUCUUCCAAGAGCAGCUGGCCGAGAAACCAAAUAUGCAAAUCUCUCCUCACCGUCUUCUACAAUAUCUGAGAGUCAGCUGACCAAGCCUGGAGUAAUUCGCCCAGUACCUGUAAAAUCCAAAAUAUUACUGAGAAAAGAGGAGGAAAUCUAUGAACCCAACCCUUUCAGCAAAUACCUGGAAGAUAACAGUGACUUCUUUUCUGAACAGGAUGUGACAGUCCCUCCCAAGCCUGUUUCACUCCAUCCUUUAUAUCAGACUAAACUCUACCCUCCUGCUAAGUCCCUGCUGCAUCCACAGACCCUCCCGCACGCUGACUGUCUUGCCCCGGGACCCUUCACUCAUCUGUCCUCCUUCUCACUGAGUGAUGAACGGGAGGACUCUCACACCCUGUUUAGUCACAACGUAUAUAAUAAGCUGAGUCAACAAACGGUGGCUAUUCCUGAACAUGGAACCCUUGAUUCCAAAGAGCAAUGAAGUUGGAGCAGAAGCUGAAGACAGGCUGCUGAAGUUUUAUGGAAUGCUGGUGCUAACCACUUGCUAGAUGGAACUUUUGUUUUUCUCAGAAUGAGCGCUCCCUUUAUGAACUGCAAUGCAGCAGAAGAACUAAAAAGUUUGCUGCGGACAUAGAGCAUCACAGUACUCCACUCACACCCGGCACAGGAGAGAUUUACCCACCACUUCUCGCCCCACCCUUCAAGCCUUUAAUGCCUUCUAUUAAGCUGACAGCAAUACUAAUGCGUACUAAUGCGCCCCUAUAUUUGGCAGCCCAAUAAAGGAGAAUCAUGGCUGAACAAAA